UCUAGAUUACAAAUUAAAUGAAACUGUCUUAAGUGAUUAGAAAGUUGUACGAACUAUAUUUUGUCAAAGUUAGGGAUAUAAUAAUAUUUUUAAUUCAUUAUCCUCCUGUUUAUUUUCCCUAACACCCGACUCCGUUAUUACAAGGUCAGACACAAAUUUGGGGUAACUAUGGCGACAGAGGCUAUGCUGCAGUUGGGAAUCUUAAUCCUAACUCUCUCCUUGUUCUUCAUCAUGCACAACAUCCACACCCAAACAACUCAAGCCCGAACUCGAACCCGCAAUAAGACCAGUCAAUCCGAACCGAACCGCCACCUGGCCCAAGCAUCGCGCCACCUGGCCCGGGCCAGAUCCACCUCGCACCGAGCCCAGCACGCCAAGAACGCGCUGGCGGAAGCAGACAAGGCCCUCGCCGUCUGGCCCAGGGACCCGCGGGCCCACAUCCUCCGGGCCCAGGCCCUCCACCUCACAGGCCAACGCGCCGCCGCAAUCAAGGCCCUCGACGCGGCGCUCUCCUCGGCGGCGGCCAGGUCGCUCUCCGCCGCGGAGCGCGUCCGCGCGCUCGUGGAGAGGGCGGAGCUGAAGGUCGCCAUGAACCGGCGGCGGCGAGUCGACUCGGCCGUGAAGGACUUGGUGGAGGCGGUGGGGCUGAGUGGAGGGAGUGACUUGGAGGAUGCGCUGUGUUUGCUUGGAAAGUGUUACGAAUGGAAAGGGAUGAAAGAGGAAGCUAAGGAUGCGUUCCAGAAGGUUCUUGAGGUUCAGCCCGAUUCGGAGGAGGCUCGUAGUGGGUUGGAACGAUUAGGAAUUCUUUGAGAUAAAUCAUCAAUAUAUAUCUAUUUUGAUUUAAUUAUGUUUUCAGUUUUGUAAUUUAAUGUUUUUUUUUAAUUUAAUUUUAUUUUUAUUUUAAUCUUUACAUAUUA